CGAGUGGUACAGUCAUUAUAUGAAAUGAGAUACUGAGCCAGCUAUACAUAAUCUCACUAUUGAAAUUCCUUCUAAUAUCACAUAAAUACAACUCCGCGGCAGUGUACAGAUGCGAACGGAGCGAGUAUGUAAUGCUCCGAUACAUUUGAAUGAAUUGAUAAUUGCUAACAAGUCCUGUCAGAGUUGAUCAUGCUGAAAAUUAAACUGCCCAUGCGAACGGCGGAGGAAGAAUACCAUACCGUCGAAGACGAGCAGGAAAAUACCGAUUACAACAGUCUCACUAUUGAUUCGAUUCCGUACCGUGGUGUGAGCCACCGGUUCAAGGAUUCAACGAGGGAAUCGUGUCGCCUGUCGCAAAUUGACAAGGAGACGGUGUUUGAGUGGUUCGGCUUGCACCUCAACCCAGCAAAGCGGAUAGAAUUUAUGUACGGAAUACUUCAUAUGUGUCAACCACUUGAGCUUCGCUUUUUCGGAUCCUGCCUUGAGGACCUUGCACGGAAAGAUUUCCACGUCUUCCGAGACUUUGAGAUAAGGGCGAACAGUCAAACUGACUUGGGCCUCCUUAUGGACGUUGCCGACCCUGUCGUUCGUUCCAAACUACUUGUCUGCCUGUCACUUUUGAGAUCUGAAAACAGAGAAUGCGCGGGCACACUUUAUCGUGCUUUGAACCAUAUGGAUCCAGCGCUGUUCUUGAAUACUUAUCAUGGCGUUCCAGUAUCUCCACGUGGGAGCGCUCAGAAUGUACCUGAUCAACAUUCCCCUCGCGAUGGUGGAAUGAAGUCCGGGAGAUUGGAGCAUCACAGUGGGCCUCCACUGGAGGCAGAGUCGGGUUCCCUGGAGCACUUGGCGCUGCUUUUCACCAUGGCCUCGCUGCACCCGGCGUUCUCUUUUCACCAGAGGGAUACUGCCAGGCACCAGUUGGACAAUGUGGAACGGGCCAUAGAGGAGAGAAGGUAUUGCCACAACCGCCCGAGCGUCCAGCAUACACUUCGAAAGGAGGACCUCAGCCUCAGGAGCACUGACAUGGGUCAGUCGGCCUGCUCUAUUCCCAAGCAGCUCCCGAACAGGACCUUAUCUCAGAGAGAAGCAGUUCACAUUGACAAGAUUGAGCUAAAGAAGAUAUUUUGGAACCAAGGAAACAGGGAAUACAGUAUUGAGGUCCAGUGGUCUGACUCAACGUGGAGCACAGUGACCAAGACUCACCAUGAGCUGUACGACUUCCUGUCCAAGCUUCCAUGUGAGAGGUCUGCUGAGCCCUUUGAGAAGGGACUAGUGAGGUUACUGGCCCAGAGAGACCAGUAUGAACCCAGGGACCUGGAGAGGAUGCUACAGGACAUGCUUCUGUCAGCCCCAACAGCCUUCAGACAGAGAGGAGAGGUCUGCCGGUUCCUUGUCCCCUGCCUCAGCCUCCAGGGAGAUAAUACACUAACUCUGGGAAAGACCUGCAAGGCAGCCGAGAACUUUAAAGAAGACUGCACAGAGCCAUCCAGUCAGGACGAAGACUUAGAGUCUCACCACCUUGGGCAUCAGACUGAGUGCAGCAGCUUAGGCCAGAGCAUACUGAUGACAAAGAGCAGCCAGAGUGAGAGCCAGAGGCCUGCUGUCCACUUAGAGCACAACGGAGUGGUGAAGGGGAGGAGAAAAGCAGACGUUAUGUCCUAUUGGCCAGACCCACAUCAGAAGGUAGAUGAGAAAUGGGCUUUUACUCCAGAACUAAAGAGUAGAAGAAGACCUGAUGAAGUUAGGAAAAGUGAGGGGGCCAAAGCCUACAUCCCCAAUGGCAUCAUCAGACCGCCUGCAACAAACGUGACUAGACAGGGUGUCAGUGAGAAGCCCAUCCAGGACAGGUAUGGAGACAUGUGUUCUGAGAGCUCCAGUACCCCCUCCAGCCCCCAGGAUGAGGCCCGUGAGAGUCUGGAGAGUGAGGACCUUGAAGACAUGGAGGAAGAGAGAGACACUACUGAGAGUUACUCUUCUGUCCAGCAGAAGAGGGCGAGUGGUCACAGCAGGGGGAAAGUUGUGGCUACUGUACACCCUAUGGUCCCUGUACCCCACAAGGAAGAGCCAUCCUACACUGACAGUCCCCGACGUGUACAUCCUCUACCACUGACGGUUCAGAAUGGGUCCACCAUGCCUGACGUUAUGGUCUUUGUCACUUCACAGCUGGGGGACGGUUCACCAGCAGAGGGGGCACUGACUGGGACCACCCCCAUGGUUCCUCAGGAGUCCAUCCCAAGCCAAGCUUCCCUGGGAGACCCUGAGAGACAGAGGCAUGUGUCUGUGUCUGCACCCCUGAACUCACAGCCAGCCACCCCAGGCUCCAGCAGUCACCCCAUGGGUGCAAUCAGUGUCAUCCCCCUGACCUCCCACAUGUCCCCCCUGCAGCAAACAUACAUCACCACUGACUUAGCCUCCACUGCCACCCUACCUCUAGCAGCCUCUCUCCCUGACCCUAACACCAGGCCUCAAGCCCUGGCUGUACCCACCAGCCUACCCACCCCUAACUACGUGACACCCUCCUCCGGGGCAACUGUGACCCCAGUUGCCAUCAGUCAGGUUCAGGCCACUCUGCUCCCAGCCGUCCCCACUCACACCCCCGGCCCCGUGUCCAGCCAAGCCCUGACGCUCACCCACAGCACGGCCCAGGGAGACGGCACCUCUUCUUGCAGCAGCUCGGGGGAGGCAGCAGUGCAGGCCCAGCAAAAGCUGCAACCCCAGCAGCAGACCCAACCUCCACAGCAACAGCAGAUGAGCUGCAGCACCUGUGGUUGCCGUGGCAGCUGUGGUAGUAGCCACUCCCCCAACCCCAACUUCUACUUCCCUCCCCAGCUGGGGCGCCAGGUCUUCAGCGCCGCUCACCUCCCUCUCUUCCACCUCCCAUCCAUGUGCAGCACUGGAUAUCCCAGCCACCGCAGUCAGGUCCAACACCAGAGCAACGGCACCACACAGCUACCCUUCUAUGCCCCUCCUCACACAGCCACGCCAACACAAUACGUCAGUGGACCCCUGCUCCAUACCUCCCACUCAGACCACUUGCUGGCCACCCAGGCUGGAUACACCCUGCAGCAGAUGGCAGCUGCUUCCUUCAACCGUUUCUACACACCUGUGUUCUCCUCGGUGGGACUGGGUACGGGCAUGAAGAAGAGUAGUGCCAACGUCUCCUGCUAUAACUGUGGGCUCAGCGGGCACUAUGCCCAGGACUGCAAGCAGCCCUCAAUGGAUGCCGGGCAGCAAGGUGGCUUUCGGCUGAAGUAUGCAGCCCCCCACUCCUUUGAAGCAGACAAAACUGACUGACAUGACAGAGAGAGGACCAAGACAAUGCUUUGUUUAUCUCACUACAGUAAAGAUUCCAGAAAUCCAAAGGGUUGAGUUUUUCACUAAUUUGUAAUACCUUCCAAAUGUCCUUUAGGAGUUUGAGAAUCCGCGCAAAUAUCCUAACUAGUUUCUCAGCAAAGAAUAGAAUCCAGACUUUUCAGAGGGUGGUAAUUUUGCACACAAGACUAGUCUCUAACUUUUAAAGAAAGAAAACCACAUAUUUAAAUGGUGUGGUGGUAAACUUGCAUUCAAUAAGGAUUGAUAGAUUUGGAGAGAAAGAUUGUUCUCGUCUGAUUUUAAUGUGGGUCUUUUUGGAACAUUUAAAUUCUUCCAGAAUCUGCCUUUGGUUCAAGUCGUUAUAUGUUGGGCUAAGUAGCCUAUAUCAACUAAAGCAUGUCAUCACUUCAAGUCUCUGUUCUCCCUGUCAGUUCUUGUAUACGCUAGCACUUGUAAUGGGAGGGAAGGUAGUGAGUAGUACAGUGCCUUAGUGCCUCACAGAGAAAAGAUGGAGAGGGUUGUAAUAUCGCAUAGGUGUUCAAAAGAAAAAUACAGUUAAACAGCAGCUAGAAGCUAGCAGCCUACCAGUUCAUUGCAUUUUUUUUUGUAUCCAUUUGAAAUAACACAAUGUGUGAAUGAUAAACAAUGGGGAGGUGAAUAUUCAAAAACUUCACAUUUAUUUUUAUUUUUUGGAUUGUCAUUAAGUGGAGGAAAGAUGUAUGGUUUAUGAGAUAAAAUAUUUAUGUAAUUUGUUUUUUUGACAGAAUAUUCUGAAUGUACCAUAAAUACCCUGUAUUUAAUUUGUUUUACAAGCAAACGGUAUUCCAUUUAAGGAAUAACUUUGUGCGAAAAAGGAACGUUUCAUUGUCAUUUGUUGCCACUUGAUUUAAUGUGAAGCAUGUAUUAAGUUAAUCAUGUCUGUCAUUUAUGAUGUUAAAGGGAUACUUCGGGAUUUUUGGCAAUCUACUUCCCCAGAGUCAGAUUAAUUUGUGGAUACCAUGUUUAUGUCUCUGCGUACAGUUUGAAGGAAGCUGCUUACUAGCGCUAGUGCAAUUGCUUACUAGCGUUAGAGCAAUGACUAGAAGUCUACGGUAUCUGCUAGCAUGCUAGACUUCCAGUCAUUGGUUAGUUAGCAUUGGCUCAUGAAACCACCUCUUAACAUGGUAUCCAGGAGUUCGUCUCACUGGGGAAGUAGAUAAAGAGCCUCAUUGCCAAAAUCCUGAAGUAACGUUAUAACCCUUUAAUGCUGCUGUUUUGUUUGUAACUGUCUCCUGGGGGCAAAAUCGCACUAAUCCUUGCAGGUCUGUGCGCGUGUGUGUGUGUAUAUCUAUGUUUGGUUCUUUGUGGGUCAUGUCCCAAAUGCUCUCAGGCAAUGAGAGGACUCUUGUGGUUAAUGUAUCCCCUAAGCCUCUCCUCUAGUAGGUGAUUUACUGAGUCCCAAAUCAACCCCCCCAUCCCUACCCCCUAGGCACUUGGGUCGAUCCAAAGUCAACCCCUCAGCAUUUCAGUAGAUCUGAAAGAAUUGGAUAGAUGUAAUCAAUGGUAAAAUCUUCACUUGAGCUUGCCUUCUGAUAAGAUUGCUGGAAUUCCUACCAUAUUGCUCUCAUCUAUACAAUCCUUUCUGAUCUGCACAAGUGCAAAGGUUAGGGGCUAGUGGUCGAUCUUUAGAUUGGGCGACAGAAUCACUGUCCCUUAUCCUACCGCCAUGCAUGUACUGUACCUGUUGAAGAUGUUGAACGUUUGGCUCCUGCCCGUUUGUGUAGGCUUGUGUCAAGCUCUUUGUUGCCAGAACUUUAUGUGCCCUAUUCCUCCUUUCUCAUGCAGCAAUGAGAUUGUAUUAUGCAUGUAGGUGUAUAUUUGUGCACAUCUGUAAGAGGCUAACUACACACACUUACUGUACUCAGAUGAGAACUUCUGUAUUAGAAAAAAAGGUAAAACACUCACUGUUGUUAAAGACAAUCGCCUGUUUGUGACAUUGAAACCCACCUUUCUCUUUCACUGUCUGCUGUUGAGGUGGAUGGUUUUGUGUUUUCCAGCAUACCAACACACAUGCACGCAAUGUGUAAGCUAUCAGAAAUUGGCACACAGGUAAAGUGGAACGUUUUAGAAAUUGGAACUUAUCUGUAAGCAACUUUUCAGAAUCAGUUUUUUAAAGUUUUAAACGUUUUGUAUUGGAUUUAAGAGGCCUCGUUGUUGAUUUUAUUUUGAUUCAUAUCUUUAUUUUCAUGUUUGCAAUUAAAAUUGAAAGAGAAAAAACAUGAACUAUCAAGCCUGUUUGAUGUAUUUGUUGAACUUUUAUGUUGUUAAAGAUGCAGUGCUGUAGGUUGAGGUAGUGUUACCUCUGGUGCAAUUAAUCUCUUGAUUAAAUGUUAAUGUAGCAACUGAAAUAUGGAAUUAUAGAAUAGUUCCUUCCUGUGCAAAAUUAAGCAAACAU